AUGAAAGAAAUUGUAUUACUAAAUGAGGUUCUUAAAGGAGUGAAGGAGGCUCCUGAGCCGUUCCCACUAGGCUCGAACAUACAAGCGGUCAACCUCCCUGUCGAUGGAUACGACGCUCCAGCAGGCCUGCCAGUCACUAUCUCGGGCUCGGGCGACACCGCGACCGAAUUCAACCCCGUCUACCUGCAGCGGGCGGACAUGCACGUCUUGGACCGCGACACCUGCCGGGACAUGAUGGCGACAGUGACGCUGGGCAUGGUGUGUGCGGGGGACCCCCCCAUGGCCAUCUGCUAUGGGGAUUCGGGGAGCCCCCUGGUCUAUGGAGACGUGCAGAUUGGCGUUGCAUCGUGGACCCGGCCUGGCUGCAUCAGCACUACCUCUGUCUAUGCCAGUGUGGGCAACUUCCGAGCCUGGAUCAGGAACAACACAGGUGUUUAA